CUGUCUGCAAUGUCGCAUAGGACUGCAUCCGAAAGAACAUUUGACCUGAUGUCUAUCACAAAGGAUGUUUCUAGCUCAGAAAAGAAGUCCUCCAACAGAUUUGUUAUGCUCAAACACAAGACAGCUUCACCCAACCGUUCGAGCCGCCUAUUCCUGUUCAGUGCACAGCCAAAAGAGACCACUUCGAGGGACCGAACGUGUAGAUGUCUUCCGGGUGACAUCCCAUCCUGAGAAAGCGCAUCACUUGGCUUAGAGGGGAUGGAAGUGACUGGAGGAUUCGAACCAUCUAAGGGUGUGCGUUUUGCAAGGGCUCCUUUCGCUAAGGCUAUGA